GAUGCGUUCUACUGAGUCUGUUAGAGUUGAAAACUUGCCUUUAUGUGCUGUUGCACCACAAUUUUGUCAUGCACCAAUGUAAUUUUUGGGUUCAUAAUACAGAUGAGGUGCAAAAUCUGAUGCAAUGGCAACAUCUAGCAAGUUCAAUCUGUCUUCUGGUAGCCCAGAUAGGGCUUUAUACCCUGGUGGACAGCGUGUAUCCCACUUAGCUUCUCAGUUGGACAAAUCAAGUACCUUCCACGAGAGCAUUGAGACUCCAAUCUUGGCUUCUCUUCCAAAUACGUCGAGAAGCAGUUCUGUAGUAACUCAAGGAGAUGUGUCCAGUUUCCUGCAGUGCCUGCGGUUUGAUACAAAGGCAGUUGCUGCUAAUCAUAAGUCUAAUUGUCAAGGAGACUUAAAAAAGCUCUUGAAUAUUGCACUCGGUAUUUCAGCUGAUGAACCUUCUACUGGUUCAUCAAAGGGCAAGCUGUUAUUAUCUCCCACACCAGAAGAAAUAAAACGGGUCAGGCAUGGCUUGUGUGAGAGCACUAUCAAGGCCAGGGAACGAGUGAAGAUUUUCAGUGAAGUCUUAUCCGUAUUCAACAAGUCUUUCCCAGCCAUACCCUCAAAGAACAGAUCUCGAUUGGAAGGCUUUUCAGUUGACCAUUCUAAUGCUUCCUUAUCUAGUGAGCGGUCAGUGUUGGGUCCUACCCCUGGUAAGAUGGAAAUUCAGAAUCAUGCGAUUAGUGGAAAUUUUGAAUAUGAGCAACAGAAGUCAGAUGAACGGCCUAAAAGUGCUGUCCCAAAUAAACGGACUAGAACUUCUAUGGUGCAUGUGAGGAUGGAUAUGCGGAACAAUGCUCUUGUCAGGCCAUCUGGUGCUGUAGAUAGAGAUAAGGAAUUGCCCAGGGUUGCAAAUAGUGCUGCAGUACAAGGUGAGGAUCGAACAAUAUCAAUUGGUGCUGAAGGUUGGGAAAAGUCGAAGAUGAAAAAAAAGCGAAGUGGUAAAAAAGCGGAUGUUUCUGCAAGCGAUGUAUAAUUAACUAGAGGUCCUGCAGAAAUCAGAGAUAUAUCAUCUCUACUUAAGGCUAAAUUGAGAAUUCUGGCCAAUGGUUGGAAGGGGUGUUAGCUGAGAGCCUUACUCGUGUAACAAAUUUACUUAAAGAUCAUAUCAUUUGUGGUAGCAUACUGAAAGUUUACUACUACAUAUAUCCAAUGGUUACCGGGAUGGUACAUCAGAGUGAGCAGGAUUCAUGGUGUACA